AUGGCAGACCUUCCCACCAAAGACGACAUCAAGGCUCAAGCCGUCGACGGCCGCCCCAUCACCCAAGCCGAAGCAUCAGCCAUUGCUUCUGAAGAAUCAGCCCUCACCGGUAGCGGCCCCAUCAAAGGCGGCGCCGCAGCCACCGCACAGAGUCUCCAUGACAAGCAGCAGAACUUCCUCGAGAAGGCGGGCGAAGUCGUACGAAAGCCGCCCACGGAGGUGACAAAGGAGGAUGCCGCUGAGGUGCAGCGCGCAGAGGCUCGUGCAAAGGGCGGUCCUCCUGGGAAGGGAUCGACGGCUGCUGACGUGCAGUCUGUUGCGGACACCAAUACCCAAGCUUAG